CAGUCCAGGCUCGCUGCUGGUGCUGCCUCUGUACUGUCCAGCACACACAGUGUUCCUGCGAUCACCUGAUAGUCUCAUGUUGUUGUGUGAAUUUAGUUCACCGCUAUUCUUAGACCCUGCUUUGGCUGGGAGAGGAGAGGAGAGACGAAAGGAAUAGAGUGAGAGGGAGAGGGCUGGGGAAAGACUGGCAGACUCACAAUGAUGCCCAGCUGGCCACUUCCCCAGCUGGAGCCCAGUCAGAUCAGGCUGAUAGUCUACCAGGACUGCGAGAGGCGCGGCAGAAAUGUCCUCUUCGACUCCAAUGCCAAAAAACGGGGCACGGAGGAAACCCCCAUUACUAGCACAGAGGGCCAGGUGAAGAUGUUUGGGAAAUGCUGCCAGCUCCGUCCUACAGGAGGCAGCAGCAGUUCCCUGGACAGCUCUUCUUCCUGCACCUCGGAAACCAAGGAAACCAAGGAGCAGGGCCUCCGCUUCCCGGGUUCGAGGUGUUCGUCUGAUGUGGUCAUGCUAGGGGAAAUGAUGUUUGGCUCUGUGGCCAUGAGCUACAAAGGCUCCACGCUAAAAAUCCACCAGAUCAGAUCACCACCCCAGCUGAUGCUGAGUAAAGUCUUCACCGCCAGAACGGGAGGCAGUGUGUACGGCAGUCUCAACACGUUACAGGACAGCCUGGAGUUCAUUGGACAGGACAGCAACACCUUAAGGCCUGAUCCAAACGCCGGACCCAACAGUCUUCUGGGGAACAUAGGAUUUUCCCAACUCUGCAGCCCUCGACGGGCCUUCUCUGAACAGGGCCCUCUGCGCCUCAUCAAGAGCGCAUCUUUCUUUUCAGGCCACAGUCACCCCAUGGACAUGCCUGGUCGAGGUCUGUACGACGAGAGGGACAGCGGCAUCGCCAGGUCAGCUUCUCUGAGCAGCCUGUUGAUCACUCCCUUCCCGUCUCCCGGCUCCUCCUUGACCAGCAGCUGUGCGUCCAGCUACCAGCGCCGAUGGCUCCGCAGUCAAACCACAAGCCUGGAGAACGGUGUCUUCCCCCGAUGGUCGGUGGAGGAGAGCUUCAACAUGUCUGAUGAGAGCGGGGGUCCAAGCCUCGGUGUGACUCGGAAGAAGAAGAUCGCCAUCGGGGUUAUCUUCAUGCUGUCCCCAAACCCUGAGGAGAACAGCCGCUUCCAAGAUUUCUUUUUCUCCCACUUCCCUCUCUUUGAAAGCCACAUGAACAAACUCAAGAGCGCCAUCGAACAGGCCAUGAAGAUGAGUCGGCGGUCAGCUGAUGCCAGCCAGAGGGCUUUGGCUUACAGCCGAAUGGUGGAUGGACUGAACGAGUUCAGGAUGACCAUCUGCGACCUCUACACCAUGCCCAGGGUGGCUGAGCCCGUCUGGUUGACUAUGAUGUCUGGAGCGUCGGAGAAGAACCAGCUCUGCGGUCAAUUCAUGAGGGAGCUCUCCCUGCUGAUGGAGCAGACCUCGAAGAACCAAUUCCUCCCUGCAUUGUUGACGGCCAUCCUGACCAAUCACCUGGCCUGGGUGCCCACCGUCAUGCCCAACGGCCAGCCUCCUAUCAAGAUCUUCCUCGAAAAACACUCCUCCCAAAGCGUUGACAUGCUGGCAAAGACGCAUCCGUACAACCCGCUCUGGGCGCAGCUAGGGGACCUGUAUGGAGCCAUUGGGUCACCAGUGAGGCUGUCAAGGACGGUGGUGGUUGGCCGCAGACAGGAGCUGGUCCAGAGACUCCUGUAUGUCCUCACCUACUUCAUCCGCUGCUCUGAGCUGCUGGAGACCCACAUGCUGGACAGUGCUGAGGAUGAGGCCAUCGUCAUGCCUGGCUCCCUCAUCACUACCUCCCUGAGGAAGGGUGAGGUGGAGGAGUCAGACUAUGUUCUGGUUACCGUCCAUAAACCCAGCGGAGACUACCUGUCCCAAGGGGCCCACAGCCAGCAGACCGAGGCAGAAGACAGCAGCUACCCAUCAGACAACAGCCUCCAGAGCAGUACAUACACAGACAAUGAGGUGGAGCACAGCACUGGGGACCCACCCAAGGAGGAAGAGGAGGACGAGGAAGACGAGGAGGACAGCGGUGAGAGUCAAGGGUCCAGGAGUAGUGUGCUUCAGACGGGGCACAGCCAGGGCAAAGCUCCUGUUAUCAGGACUGCAGACGUAGCUGAACCUGAGGAGCGAUGCAAAGAAUCCAGCAGUCCUCUGGCAACAGAGGCCCGACUGGAGACGGUGUUAGGUGUUGGCUCGGCCUCCCUCAGGGAGCGGGUCUGUGUGCUGGAUACAGAGACCAAGAGUGACCUGAAGCUUAUUGUUCCAUCCAUACCCACAACCCUCGCAUCAGGUCCAUCCCUAAAUCCUGUCUUCACAGGCGCUAAAAACUCUGCAGAGGCUGGGAUGAAUGCAGCAUUGGGGAACCAGUCCAGUAAAGUGCUGGCUCCUCGACCUUUGGGGAUCCCUCUAGAAAAGAAGCCCCCUGAUAAGAGCCUGGCUGCUGCAGUGCCAGUACCAGUGAUACCAGGAAACACCGUGACUGGGCCCAUGGCUUUGACUCUAUCAGAGGAGGAAGAGCCAACAACGAAAGUGACUUUCCUCAUUGGAGACUCCAUGUCUCCUGAAUCGGACACUGAGAGCCGCAGAAGGAAGGUAGAUGAGGACUUCAAAAAGCACAAAAAACACCUCAAGGACAAACAUCCGCUUCGCCUGCAGCUGCCGCAUCAGCAGCCACAGCAGCUGCAGAGGGGGCCAGAUUCAAAGACCAGCAACACAAGUGCAUCAGAGGACCAAACCAAACAGACCAAGGGGGCUUCAGCUCUGCAGCGGGUGUCCAGCAAGAUGCCCACUUGUAGCCUAAACUGUGUGGACGAUUUUGACGAGUGUUUCAGCAUGGAGAACCCUGUGGAAACUAGAACUAUGGACGAUGUGGCCAAACAACAGGGGGCCAGUACCACGCACAGUUUGCACAAAGAAAUGCUGGACACUUUGGGCGUUCCCCGACAUCGUGAACAUCAUGACUUGGGGGGUCUCAGCUUUCAGAGUGCUGUCAGGGGUCAGGGUUUGGGUCUGUGUUUAGGUUCAGGUAGUGGAGAGGUGGGGUCCAGCAGGAAGGAAGACACUUUGUUGCAGAGGAGGUGCAGGUGUGGAUCUACGGACUCCACCGACACCUGCUGCUCCAGGAGCUGUCCUGCUGAGCAGGACAAGGAUCUCGUGUUGACAGUCCCUGUCCCGCAGGACGGAAGCAACAGCAGCAAAGAGGACCAAAAACGCAAGGCAGCGCCUGUCAAUGACUGGGAAAUCCCACGCAACGAGAGCUCAGACAGCGCACUGGGAGACAGUGAGAGCGAGGAGACGGAGGACUGGCAGGAGGAGGUGCUGGUGCCCUUCCCUGGGUCAAAGUUGGUGGAGAACUACUCAAAGCCAAGCAUCGCCAAUUUUGGCCGGUCUCUCUUUGGAGGUUACUGCCCCACCUAUGUGCCAGACUUUGUACUGCAUGGGAUGCCCAGUGAUGAGAAGCUACGGCAGAGCCUCAUGACUGAAUUAACUCAUGCUGUUCAGCAUCCAGUAUUGGAUGAGCCCAUAGCCGAGGCCGUCUGCAUUAUAGCAGACACAGACAAGUGGACGGUGCAGGUGGCCAGCAGUCAGAGACGAGCCACAGAUGUCAACAAGCUGGGGAAGGAAGUCCUGGUGUCCAGCCUGGUUUCCAGCUUAUUGCAGUCCACUCACCAGCUCUACAAACUCAACGUCUCACCCAACUUUUGUAUAAUGCAUCUCGAGGACCGCCUGCAGGAGAUUUACUUCAAGAGUAAGAUGCUUGCUGAGUAUUUGAAGGGCCAGACGAGAGUCCAUGUGAAAGAACUGGGCAUGGUGUUAGGAAUCGAGUCCAGCGAUCUCCCCCUGUUAGCUGCAGUGGCCAGUACUCACUCCCCCUACGUGGCCCAGAUCCUGCUAUGAGACCGUACGAGCAGCUCCCAGACCAGCUGGACCUGAGCGGCGUCACUGUGGCCUCAAAACCGGCCGUCCAGACCUCCCAGAAAACCCCUGACAUGGUGUUCCUGACCUGUGUGCCUGGCCUAACGUGGAUCUUUGCCCUGAGCCUGAGCAGUGCACGUCUUCACGGACCACAGACGACACUUCAGACCAGUGCUGCUGAAUGUGGAGCAGUGCUGCUGUUGCACCACAGGGUGGCGUUAGAGACCACAGACGGAGAGACGGAGAGGCUCCGGAUGACUGAAGCGUCCCUGAAACGACCUUCUCCUGUUGUUUGAAUGUUUCUUUUAAAACGAGACUCUUUUAUUUUUGGACGCAAAAGCCAAAGACUUUAUUAAUUUUUCCAGGUGAGAAUGACAUUUUAAGAUACCUACAGUAUAAUAACAUUGGAUUUUAUUUCUUUGACUGCUUUUAUUUUUUCUUUCUGUACAAUCUUAAACCCAGUCGUACGAAGUGAUGGAUGUUUAGAGGAGAUGGAUGGACGUUUUUAGACUUUAUUUUGAGGUAAAUAUCAUUGAGAAAGUUAUCAAUCUCAUGCCAAUUAUGUCAUCGUGUUUAUCUUCAUGUUUUUGUUUACAAGCCAAAUUUCCCUGAAAUAUCUCAACAAAAUCCCACCGAUUUUUUUGGUUUAACUGCACCUGACUUUAAAGGCAGUUUUUUAAUUGAAUAAUUGACGCUCACCGUGAUUUUUAGUUCUACAAAGUGGUUUUGAAUUCGCUAAAAGUGGCUUUGACAUUCUUAUCACAGGUACAGCACUACCUCAGAUCUGUGUAUGGGCAGGAAAGUAAGACACACAUUUACAGCUGCCCCAUAGAAAAAGCCCUGAGGUAAACUUUUUAAGAUAUUUUAAUCAGAGGAAUGUCAACUGUGCAGACUCGAUGCUGUGUUCUUUGAAAAAGGGAAGGCUGUUUUAAUUCCUUCGGAUGAUCGUCACAGGAAAAUGGAAGAAAAAUGUAUUUUUUCGAAUGCGAUUAAGAAGGGGUCCCUUUAUACUGUGGAAAAGCUAAAAAAAAAAACAACAACAACAACACGCAUUAUCUAUUUUACAACCAAAAUGCUGAAAUAUUUUCACACUUUUAUAGCUCCGCCACCUUUAUACGAUGUUUACGGCUUCGUUGUUUGCUGCAAGAGUAGAGGAACACAGUAGGCCUUAUAGUGGAUAUGUAUGUAUCGGCUAACACUAUUUUCAAGCUUGUUUCUAUGACGGUUAAUACUCACAAAAACACACAAAAUACAGAAGUUGUACUUGGACAUGUCUUUUUUUUUUUUGGUUUAGUUUUAUUGACAGUAUAAGCCUUAUAAGCAGGGUGCGAUUUGCUGAAAACUGCGACAUUAUUUGUGUUAUUAAAUCAGUUGACAGCUUUGGGAAUUAAAUAAGGAAGUCACACACUGUCGGAAUAGGACAAGAAAUCAGACAUAUGCUCACAUACGGCAGUUAUUUAGUAGAAUAAUUUGACAAAUACAAAGUUUUUGGAACUCUUCGAUGUUGCUUGGGCUUGUUUUUUGGCUUGUAGGAUCUAUUCAACCAACAACUGGACAGCGUCUUUCUCUCAGCUCAAAUCGCACCCUGAAUAUAACACAAGUCUUAAUGGAGAAGAGGCAGGCUUCCUGAGAGCUCAUUUUUUUGCUGUUAAAAAUCGAUAUAUACAUGCUUGUUACUGUGUUGAAAGCGCGCCGCUAUUAUCCGCCUACGUUUUGUAAAAGCCAGCCGUUAUGUUUAAAAAGGUAUGACUUUAUAUCCGCUUUCUCCCUCUUUGUACAUGAAUAAAUUAUUUAGUUGCCCACGGUUAAGCGUAACGGUUCGCGUAAACUGUACAUACUCGAGUUUUAUUUCCAUGUAUUUGUACAGAAUGUCUUUGAAGAAUUGUCUCCUCAGAUUAUUUUUUUCCCAAUUUUAUGGGAAUGUUGUGCAAUAAAGAUGCUGAUGUUGAGAGAUUU